GAAUGGCAGCCAGGCCUUGCCAGGAGAGCUCCAGCUGAGGGGGCGACUGCAGGCCCAGACGGGGAGCCUUGAGGGCCAGGCCAGCCUCCAUGCUGACACGGACUCCCCUCCCAGGCAGAGAUGCUCCUACUGCACAGCCACGUGGCUUCCAACCUCUCAGUGCAUGUGAUGCUGCGUAGUGCAGAGCGGCAGCUGCAUGCUGCCCUUGGCCUGGAGGGCCUGGUCACCAGCGCCCUGGGCAGCCGGCUCCGUGCCAGCCUUGGCCACACGGUGCCCGGCCUCAGGCGCUGGGGCCUCCCCUUCUCCGUGGACGGCCGCGGGCACUUGCAGAGCGUGGGACCCAGUCUGGCGGUCGCGCUGGUGGUGAACGUGGAUGGCGAUCAGCUUCGUGUAGCCCUGGAGAGGAGGGGAGCCGGCGGCCGCUGGGGGCUGGCCCUGGGGCUGCACCACGGCCUCUCAAGGUUGCAGGUCAACUGCAGUGGAGACGCUUCGCCUGCCCAGAUGUCAGGGCUCUGCUGGGGGGACGUCACUGGGUGGCCUCACGAGAAUCCAGCUGUGCUUACCUUGAAUGGCUCCUUCCUGGUCCACGCCUUUGGGGUCAGCCUGGCGGCUCAGGUAUCUUCUGGGGACACUUUCGCCCGGGCCCACGUCCACACAGCCUGCGGCCGCCACGCCUGCCUGGACACCAGCCUCCAGCACACAUGGCCUCCACUUCAAGCGCUGGGGGUGCCCCCCGACAACCACAUCCGAGUGUCCGUCGGGGGAGACGAACCCCCCAGGGCCCAGCUGGAGGUGGCCCUGGGCCCAUGCACCCUGACUGCUCAUGGGGACGUCAGGACAGAGGCCAACGCCAUGCACAACUGGACCCUGGCCCUGGUGAAUCACUGCCCCCUGCUGGAGGCAACUGGAAUCCCACAGGCCCUGCACUCUGAGGGCCGCCUGAGCUGGGGACCCUGUGAAUUCGACCUGGCCGCAGGCCUCCGCAGUGACCACGGAGACGCCCACCUGCUGCUGGCCCGUACCUGUGGGGCCCAGCCUUCUGCCCUGGGGCACCUGACCCACUCCCUGCCCCUUCUGGGUCGCCUGGGCCUGCCGCCCGGGAGCGCCAUCAGCCUGACUGCCCGGCCCGGCCCCCGCACCAGCCGCGGCUCCCUGGCCCUCCGGAUGGGGCCGUGCCAGCUGCGGGGUGUGCUGGAGCAGCAAGCUGAGAACCAUAGCACAUGGACACUGACCACUGAGCCGGGCUGCCCGUUGCUGGAGGUGCGUAUGGCGGGCCAGCAAAGUGACUGGAGAGGCAGCUUCCAGAGCCCCUGUCAGCGUGAGGCCUGAGCCUGGCUGACACUCCCCUCCAGGGGCUUCCCAAGACCCCAGCUCCUAUUUCCCAAAAACCCUGUCGGAUACUUGGUUCCUCUUAUCACUAAUCCCACAUUCCCAUUGGACAGAUGAGGAAAUCGAGGCUGGGAGAGA